AUGGCGGCGCCAGUUCCAUGCCUUCCAGACCAGGCAUCGGCGCUGCUCCAGCUGAAACGCUCCUUCAACACCACGGUCGGUGACUACUCCGCGGCCUUCCGAUCAUGGGUCGCCGGCACAGACUGCUGCCACUGGAAUGGCGUCCGCUGUGGCGGAUCCGAUGGCCAUAUCACCUCCCUCGACCUGAGUCACCGUGAUUUGCAAGCCUCAGGUCUUGAUGAUGCACUCUUCAGUCUAACCUCCCUCGAGUACCUUGACAUCUCUUGGAACGACUUCAGUGCGUCCAAGCUCCCAGCCAUUGGGUUUGAGAAGCUCGCCGAGCUCACCCAUCUUGACCUCUGCACCACCAACUUCGCCGGCCGGGUACCCGUUGGCAUCGGCCGCCUCAAGAGCCUGGCCUACCUUGACCUGUCUACAACAUUCUUUCUAUAUGAGCAGGACGAGGAGAACAGCAUCACCUAUUACUACUCAGAAACAAUGUCACAGCUCUCGGAACCGAGCUUGGAGACCUUGCUCGCAAACCUCACCAACCUGGAGGAGCUUCGCCUGGGCAUGGUGAACAUGUCAAGCAACGGCGCACGGUGGUGCGACGCCAUAGCCAGGUCCUCCCCAAAGCUGCGGGUCAUUAGCAUGCCGUACUGCUCACUCUCCGGUCCCAUUUGCCACUCACUCUCGGCCUUGCGAUCACUUUCAGUGAUAGAGCUGCACUACAAUCAUUUGUCUGGUCCAGUUCCUGAGCUCCUGGCUACUCUCUCCAACCUUACUGUUCUUCAGCUUUCAAAUAACAUGCUUGAAGGGGUGUUUCCUCCCAUCAUAUUCCAGCUUCAGAAAUUAACUAGUAUUAGCCUCACUAAUAAUCUUGGGAUCUCCGGAAAACUGCCUAAUUUCUCUGCUCACAGUUACUUACAGAGUAUAUCUGUGAGCAACACCAACUUCUCCGGCACAAUUCCAGCUUCCAUCAGCAACCUCAAAUAUCUGAAGGAGUUGGCACUUGGAGCUAGUGGUUUCUUUGGAAUGCUGCCAUCUUCCAUUGGCUCAAUGCCAUCAUGUCUGACGCAAGAUGCAAGUGCAUUGCAGGUAUUAAGUCUAAAACAAAACCAUCUUACUGGCGAGUUACCUGAUAAUAUCAAGGAAGGUUGUGCAUUAAGUGCAUUAGACUUCAGCGGCAAUAUGAUUCAAGGACAGCUACCAAGAUCUUUGGUUGCCUGUAGGAAUCUGGAGAUCCUUGACAUCGGCAACAAUCAAAUUAGUGACCACUUCCCAUGUUGGAUGAGUAAACUUCCUGAACUUCAAGUCUUGGUCCUCAAGUCUAACAAGUUCCAUGGGAAAAUAAUGGAUCCUUUGUAUACCAGAGAUGGAAACAACUGUCAAUUUUCCAUGUUGCGGAUUGCUGACAUAGCCUCAAACAACUUCAGUGGCACAUUGCCAGAAGAGUUGUUUAAGAUGCUCAAGUCCAUGAUGACCAGGUCAGAUAACGAGACUUUAGUCAUGGAACAUCAGUAUUCCCACGGCCAGACAUACCAGUUUACUGCUGCACUCACAUACAAAGGCAAUGACAUAACAAUUUCCAAGAUCUUGAGAUCACUUGUGCUCAUUGAUGUCUCAAAUAAUGAAUUCGAUGGUAGCAUCCCUUCAAGCAUUGGGGAACUUGCGUUGCUUCAUGGACUCAACAUGUCUCAUAACAUGCUUACAGGGCCAAUUCCAACUCAGUUUGACAAUUUGAACAACCUUGAGUCGUUGGACCUCUCCUCAAAUAAGCUUUCUGGUGAGAUUCCACAAGAGCUAGCAUCGUUGAACUUCCUUGCAACAUUGAAUUUGUCCUAUAAUAUGUUGGCUGGAAGAAUACCACAAUCGUCACACUUCUCGACAUUUUCCAAUGCCUCUUUUGAGGGAAAUAUUGGGCUCUGCGGACCCCCAUUGUCUAAACAAUGUAGCUACCGAUCUGAACCAAACAUCAUGCCACAUGCUUCCAAGAAGGAUCCCAUAGAUGUUCUACUUUUUCUCUUCACUGGGUUGGGAUUUGGUGUCUGCUUUGGAAUUACAAUUUUAGUGAUAUGGGGAAGCAACAACAGGAAGCAGCAAGCCUGA